AUGGCCGCACAAGAGGGCGCACCUCUCGAAGAAGACCAGGUCGAAUUCCUAAAUAGGAUGAUUCUCGACAAUCUACCGACAGCCAAGGAAACUGGCAUAGACACAAUGGUGUCCACUAAAACUCUGCUCACACUGAUAGAGAAUCUUCUCUUCGAGUCAAGGGUUUCCCUUGCGAACGAACCAGAAAAACUGUUUGAGCUUACAGAACAGGGAAGGAUAGUUGGGAAUUAUAAGGAGCUACUGAACCACCCAUGGUUUUUCGGUAGAAAUCUGAAGCCGGCGUCUACGGUCACCACAGAAGUUAAUAAUGGAACUACUAAGAAUAGAAUUGACGUGGAAAAGCUCGAGAGCGUGUCCAAGAAAGUCAUGGACACUUUCUCUGAUGUCCUGCAGGACUAUGCUAAAGGAGGCCUUGAUUAUAAUUUCUCCUCGCAGCACUACGGAAAAGGACCCCACGCCAAUGUCCAUCAUCCGGACGCGGAUAGGGUUCACCUCCUCCUUGCCGGCCUCGGUGACCCUAACGAAACUCUCACCAGCUGGGAUGACGUAUUUCAUCGCUGUGACGAGGAAGAUAUGCGGGAAUCUUUUGCAACGACCGUCAUCGAUUUACCUGGAUACGGAAAGACCAGAUUGCUCUUUGAAGCAGUUGCGAAGUAUUUUCUGAUAUAUUUCACUUGCUCUACGGAGGAAGCGACUUGGACAACGGGAUCAGGUGAUGUCCAGUGGGUGGUGGAAACCGUUAACACGACUUCAGAAAGCACGGAUGAGGGUUGGAAGGUAGCACAGAGAGCGUUCUACGUUCUCGUCUACACGAGGAUGUACGUUCUCGCCUACUUCCUGGACCUAGUUUUAUCACAAAAUCCGACCCCUCUCGAUGCACGCCGCCGCCUCUUACUUCUCCAAGCCUGUCCACCAUACCUCACGAACUCAGAGGAUAUCUUCGUCCACAUCGCAAAAGUAGCUCAGUCGUUUGAUGACGACACACUCCGCUGUACCGCUGGGAAAUUCUUGGAUAAGUUUCGUGACUCCAUCAGGAAAAUCGUGCACGGCACCAACGACUCACCGCGGAUACAUAUUACUUUCGAUGAAGUGCACAUCGCCACUCGUGAUCCUUGGCUCUCCGAAAGAUGCUCAAUCUUUCCCUGGAUGCUCGAGAUGAUGGAUUUCGCUUUGCGCCCGAGGACGGUCGUGUGUGCAGCAUCAAAGAUUUACCUUAAUAUGCUGAAUAUCGGUUCACUGGGCCCGGAAUUAGUGGGCUUGAGCUAUGCAUCGAAUACCCGGCGUCUCCAGAGUGAUAAUUUGGAAGAAUAUAUUCUCCGUCAUCUGAAAGUGGUACCUCCUAGACUUCUUGAGAGAAUCAAGAUGUGGCUAUUUCCUCGACCACGACUUAUUGCGAGGUUGUUAGAAAUGUACUUGGCUGCAACUCGGAGCGGAAUCAAACAAAUACCAUAUCACAGGAUUUUACCCAGUGCAUUCGAAGUAUCGACUGGAUAUCGGCCUCUGGAUGCUAUGGAUCUGGAAGCACAGGAGGAGAUACCCAAGUUCAUCGUUGGUCAGUCCUUUGGGUGUGGCGUCUUGGACCGUAGCAUCCUUAAUGAUCCUACAUUCAUGAGGACCGUCUUCAGGCUCCUCUAUCGGUGGAUGCUUAACGACUCUAAGACUCUGACUCUCAAGCGGUACGAAUCGCCCAAACUCAUUGAACUAGGAGUCACCCCUCUCCCUUGCUUCGACCUUCAAUCGCCGAGUUACUUUACGUGCAAAGUGGGCGACAACGUGUCUUUGACAGAGGCUUACGGCGCAGCAUCAUUAAUGGCCCUUCUUGGAUCUCCUGCCGUUGACAUCUUCAAGGAUCGUAUAAAAGAAGCCAUGACUAUGGACGCAUUGACUCAGAAGGACAUAUUCGAAAGAUCCAUGAUAUGGACACUCAUGAACAAUCUGGGAAAAGGGGAUGGAUGUGUACUGGAGUAUAUCUUUCACUUUCCCGAUGAUGCUCCUCCGUGGACCAAGCAGCCUUAUCGGUUGAUCUCAUUUACGAGAGAGAACAAUGCCCCUGUCCCUGUUACGUGGAAGUCAGGAGCUUCACCUCGACUUGGCUUUAGAGCCCGAGGACCUGGUGAUAUCAAGAACUGGUUGAAGGACCCAAAAGGGGUUCCGUUCAUCUUCAAGGAUGAUCAUCACUGCCUUGCUUUCGUCGAGAAUCGAAGGACUCUGGAACAGUUGGUGCUGAUAGCCCACGGUGGCCUGGAAUGUAAUUGCGAGUUGGAGAAACAGAUAGCAGAUAUGAAGAAUGGCGUGCAACACCAGCGCGUCGUCUACAGCGGUAUCAAUGACUUGCAAGGCAUAGGCGAGGUCUUGUUCCCCCAAUCAAGAGCGGUUGGAGGAGAGUGGAUACUCAGCGACAAUGACUCGUAG